CGACGCGCCGUCAGGGUGCCGUCCGCCGGCCGGAAGUUCGCCGACCAUCCGAGCGACCUCGAGGCGACCUCCGAGAUUCCUGCGGCGGGCUGGGCGCAGACCGUGGCGUGCUGCGUCUCCAACGAGCUGUCCCAUAACCAGUCCGCUGGCUCCGAUACUGCGACGGGUGACCUCGGUUUCCAGGUGCUGGCGCCCAGCGACGUUGGGGAGAGGCAGAAGGAGAUGGCGGCCGAGAUCGUCAACGGUCGCCUGGCAUGGCGGGACUACGACAUAUUCAGGCAACGGCCUGCAUGCUUCUGCGACCGCCAGGCAGGGGCCUGUCACAGCGUCCGCGUAUCCGCCCACUCUCUUCAGCGACGCGAACUACCACGCUUCCUGCGAGGGCAUGGCUGCGCGCGAAAUGAAGAAUUUCGUUGGCGACGUGGGCGCUCAGACGUUCUACCAGGGCGUCUACCUGGUGUUCAUGUCGGACUCCCCCGCGGACUCUGCUGUCUUCGCGCUGUGCUUGAGCAGCAGCGGGGGCAUGCUCACGAUAGGCGGCUACAACAGCUCCUUGCACCGCGGCAAGCCCGUCUGGGUUCCGAUGGGGCUCUCCGGGCAGUACUCCGUCGGACUUAGGGGCCUCGCGCUACAGUCGCUGUCGGACGAAGUGAACCUGCAGGUCCGAGAGAGCUUCGGGCGCGCCACCGUGGAGUCCAGCACGGCGCUCACCCACUUCCCGAGGAACGUGUACCUUGCAGUGGCCGCCGGGAUCUCCGCGAUCUGCAACAGGAGCACCGAGCCCUGCGGCACGAGGUCGGGCUCUGACUGCUACUUGGUGGAAGGCCCCACGGACCUGUCGAGAUUCCCGCGGCUGUUCCUGCAGUGGGUUUUCCGAUCGCACGAUACUGGAGUGGCCACGCACAUCCUACAUGGUCUUGCGGGACAUCAAGACCCGGAGGUGGUGCCACGGCUUCGCCGCGAGCCCGACCCACCGGACGGUCCUGGGCGCCACGUGGCUGCUCGACCGGGACGUGGUGUUCGACCUCUCGCGGGGGCGGCUGGGCGUCGCGCCCGCGAAGUGCCCGCAGGGCGAGAGGCAGUCGCUGCCCCAGAACUUGCAGGUGCCGGCAUUUGCGGCUUCAGCGGCUGCGCAGCCGCGCCAGGAGAGUAUGGCGGCGCGGACAGCCAGGUGCUUCUAUCCUCCAUUCUGGUCUGCCUGUCGCUCGUGCUCAUGGUUGGAGGCGUGUGCUGCACGCUCUGCCAUCUCCACGAAGCGGUGGUCGCCAAGCCGCUGCCGAGCAGUGGAUCAGGUGCCGUGGUGCUGGGCAGGCCCCCCAGCCAUGGCAGCGCCGCGCCGGACGACGCCGCGAAGCUGGACGGGCAGCCGCCGCCGCCGGCCGCCGCGGUGACCCUUGAACGGUGGCUCGCAGGUCCCGCCGCCGAGUUCUCCAGCGGGCCCGACAGCAGCAGGCCAGAGGACGCGGGCCGCCUCCUCGAGCCGCUGGCACAGCGGAGGUCGCUUGACCUGGAGCACCUGCAGCUGUCGCCGCCGUCCUGCUUGCCGAUGGCGGCGCUUUUGCCCGACGAUGGGGACGGGUGCUUCCCGCCCGAGGCGCGGCAAAAAUCGGCGGACGAGAGCGCAAUUCGGCACUCGCUUGUGAAACCCGAGCAGUGUUUGUUUGCCACUCUGCUGCUGCAGAAGGCAGUGCCGAAGGGCAGCGCAGGACGAGCUGCGGGGGUGCGCAACGCCAGGUGCGACAACGAUAUUUUGGCGCGGCUCACCUGA